GAAUUUUGUUGGUUGUAGGAGAUUUCUUACUCGAUAUUGGAAAAGAAGAGUUUAGAGAAAGCAAGAGCAGCUGGUGUAUCUAUCUCUCUGUGUUCAUUAUUGGUAAAGCAUUAAUCUCCACGUGGCCUUUCCUUAUCAUGUGCAAUUGUUGUGCAUAUAGAUAAGCACAUCCAAAUGUCUGCUUUGACUUAGUUUCAUACACUCCCUCCUGUUUGAUUACGAAAAUGUGGAAGAGAAGGGGAUUUGAAGAAGAAGCAGUUCAAUUGAUAAACUCAGAUUUCAGAGACCUAAGUCUAGCUGGCAUAGGCUUUGGAGCCUCUUUCUUCGGAUUCUUUGCUGCCAUUGCUGCUAUUUAUCUGUUGAUUUUGGAUCGUACAAACUGGAAGACAAAUAUUCUCACAGCACUACUCAUUCCAUACAUUUUCUUCAGCUUGCCUUCAUUAAUUUUCGACGUCUUCAGGGGAGAGCUUGGAAAAUGGAUUGCUGCAGUUGCUGUUGUAUUACGACUUUUCAUUCCUAGACACUUCCCUGAUUGGCUGGAAUUGCCAGGUGCUUUGAUUCUUCUUAUCGUCGUAGCUCCUUCUCUAAUUGCAAGCACUUUUAGAGACAACAUUGUUGGGGUGGUGGUGUGCCUCAUCAUUGCAUGCUAUUUGCUGCAAGAACACAUUCGGGCUUCUGGUGGUUUCAGAAACUCCUUCACUAAAGCUCACGGCGUAUCAAAUUCCAUCGGCAUAAUACUUCUGUUGGUUUAUCCCAUCUGGGCACUGGUUGUCAUACUUUUUUAGGCACCACCAUUUGGACUUGUUGAUUCGUGUGAAUUAAACCAAUUGUUUUCUGUACCAUUCAUUUGUUGGAACUUGAUAUCUAUAAACACCCCGCCAUUGUUUUGCGAUUCAUCUUUGUCCUAAAGUUAGCAUGUGUAAAAAAGUGGAAUAAAAUCUCAGUUGUAGUCUUCUGGUUUCGUAGAAUGUAAAAAAAACAAAAUAUGAAGAGGAUUGGUGUGGUGUCUUUCUAGCUGUCGUGUAUUCACAAAUCAUGUGUAAUUUGGGAAAUCAUUGUAUUUUUACCUGUGGGGUAUAAUAUAAAUUUACAUUUGUUGUUGCUCUGA